UCUGCAAACCUUCGCGGAAACAUUUCUAUGCUUGUCUUUAGAUUAGUCACGAAUAAGGAGCAGUAUUGAUGUCAAGAAACAAGAGAGUAAAAAAAAACUACACAAAGUAGCGUAAUCCACUGUUAGAUUUUGUAUUAGGCUAUUCAUUUAUUACACGAUAUUGUUGAUUUGACAAUAUUUAGUGUGGCCUAAAAGACGUGGGAGAGAAGAUCAACAGCCAUUUAUCAGACUGUCAAGAAAUAAGAUUGCCUACAGAAGCAGCAGCAGGCGCGACUGAUGAAGAAGACACAGUCAAAGUAGAAGCUGUAAAGAUGAUGAGAACACUGGACCCGGGCCCUCCAGACUGCAGACGGAGAACCAUAGCUGUGGUGGCUCCCACCCUCUGGAUGAUGUCCCUGGAGGAGACUGCCCUGCAGGCCCAGCGGGAGUGUGAGAAGGCCUGGUGGGUGGCGGAGGUGCGGGGUAAGAACAUGCAGCUGGCAGUCCUCCUGGAGGAGAGGAGGAUGCUGGCCGCUCUCCUGAAGAGGGAGCGGGAUCAGCGCUACGCGGAGAGGAGAUCAGUGGCGCUGGCAAGAGAACAGGAGAAGGCCUUGUGGACCAGGCUGACGAUGGACGGGCUCGCCGUGGAGAAGAGGAACGGCAUGAUGGCCAACGUCAAACUCACACCCAUGAUGAGCAGUCAGGAUCACGGACAGAAUCUGCCGUACAGCUCCGCAGGUCAACACGCCUCCAUGACAGCACAUGUGAUCAAGGGAUACGCCAGAGGCCUCACUGGACAGGCCCAGCAGCUGAGUCCAGUGGCGAGAAGUGAUGACGGCGGAGCUGUGAUGAAUAAAGGAAACACAACAUAUCACAACGCCAUAACAGACAUGAUGAAGGCCCACAGGCAGGAGGCUCUGAGGCAGGAGCUGAUGGAGAAGCAGAGAGUGAGGGAGAGAGAAGCGGAGGCAGCAGAGGCAGCAGAGGAGGCCGGAGUGGGGGUCCGGAGCAGACUGCUGAAGUUCUGGAAUCUGCUGCGCAAGUCCAACUGGUCUGGCAACCGGAGGAAACGACAUGCAGCAUCACAGGACUGAGAGCUGAGAGCAGCAGGCAUAAAAGGAGAACGUCAUUGCAAAAGUUAUAUUGAAUAAAAAAUAUUUUCACAG